UCCAUCAUCAACAAAUUUUCCUCUCGAUUUCUGGGUCGCGCUCUUAGGCUAUGGAACCGUUGUAUCAUUCUUAACCAUCCGUCUCAAACCGGGAGUUUGGAGCUACGCCGCAGCCGCAGCCGCAUUUGAAUGUGGGGGUAAAGUAGUGGGAAGCCUGUUUUCGAAUUCACCAGCUCGUUGCUGAGCGGAUCGCGGUUUAAAUCAAGUCUAUCCAAUAGGGUCCUUAUUUGCGGGACGGGUCAGAUGAUGCGUCACGCCAUCGCCCGUCCGUGGGCGAUGCCAGCGUUGUCGCCUUGCUUUCCAGAAACUCCCAUCAUGUCUUCCGAAUCAGGACGAUAUACCGUCUCACAACGGUUCGACCUUCCUUCCUCCAACAUCACCUUACAAUCAUCUGAUAGGGUUCUCUUCAAAAUUCACCGAAUUAACCUUGAAAUGUAUUCCCGGGUAUUUGCAGAUGCAGCCGCGACGACAGCAGGCGCAGCCUCUGACGAAAUCGUCAUGUUAUCCGAAUCGUCUGCGGUAUUGGAAAUCAUGUUCCAGUAUAUGUAUCUACAACCUCAACCUGACCUAUCGAGCGUAGAAUUCGAAGUUCUGAAAGAGUUGGCCGAGGCGGUGGAGAAGUACGAAGUGUACUGCGCUAUGAGCGUCUGCAGUCAUCAGAUGAGGGAACACAUAUCGGAGUAUCCUGUUGAUGUGAUGCUCUACGCCAUACGGCACAAGUAUACAGACAUCAUGAACGAAAGUGCUGUGGCUACCCUUGACAUCGCCCCAUAUUCAAUCUUGAGUCGCGUUCCUCACAAUGUCUUCGAGGCUUGGAUCAAUUAUGUGGAAACUUAUCAAACCCUCGUGGCCAAGGAGUUCAACCGAUUCGGUCCCACGAGGUUACACCGCGGUGUCACAGUACCCUGUGAUGUCUGGUAUGAAAACUAUGCUCUCAUCGCCUCCGAACUCGGGCAUGCUAAUUUUGCUUCGGGAAAGCUUUACAAACGGAGCGGGAUUAGUAAUCAGUUCUCAGUUGGCUUAUCCAAUUCGCCCUCUGGACACGGCAGGAGGAAGGAAAACGUUAUGGCAGAUCGACUUCCUAUACUUGCAUUACUCCCUUCUAUCGUUGAGAAGAGGCAAGCGUUGACAGCUGAACGCUGUGCGGAUUGUAAGCGUGAGUUGGGAUAUUGGAUACAUCAGACGGAGAGGGAUUGGAGAGAGAUGCGGCCUUUUUCUGAGUUCCUGUAAACGGGUAGGGCUGGAUGAUCGGUAAUUGUGGAAAGGCUGGCGCUGAGCAAGUACCCUCCGUAUAGAGUAUAGAGGUACCCUAUCCCCCUCGAAGUACAAGCACUCGGUUCAAGUGUGGCCACGUUUCAGCCUCUUUGAUCUCGCACGCAUGAAAUGAGUACUUUAUUUAGAUGGCAUGGGUAUGGAGUGAGCUCGCGGGCAUGACGGCC